GGAGGUGCUUGCGUCUUUGCAUCCUUGAGUUUUGUACAAAACAAACCGCAACAGCAAGAGGUCAACAGACACUCCACAAGCAAUGAGCAGUUUAGUUUAGGUGUCCGAGAGCAUCGUGUACAGAAAUCUCGAUGAGGUGAUGCAUAUCAAACUCAUCACAAUUCAAUGAGUGCCGAUUUAAGAUACAUCAAACAAUAAUAGUUUGAUACAUACAAGAAAAUUAUUAAUACAUUUUUUCUGUUAAAACUUAACGUCGAAUUAAAAGUAUUUCAAUAAAUAGUAUACAUGUGUAAUUUUUCAUCUACGGCAUACGUUAAAGUACAGCUCAAGUUUUGAUUAUUCAAAAUAAAUUUAAUUGUAAAAAAUGACAAACGUACAAAUGAUUUUCUUAGAGUAAUGAAGAUUACAUUUACUGUCAUACUUUUGUUCUUCGCUGCAAUGUCGGCGAAUUGCAGUGGGACGUUGAUUAUAGUUGACAAAUUACGAAAAAAAGCAUUGGAAAUAACACUCAAAACUCCAAUUUGCCGCAUUUAUAAUAACAGGAAUGAAAUAAAAGUGCUUUUGAAAACAAAUCCUCUAUUCGUUUAUGAAUCAAUGUAUGUUGAAUCAGUAGAGUUGUUCUAUAAAAUAUGCAAAGGUACACAACGAGGUCCGUGUCAAAAUAUUGAGUUCAUAUACCCAGGAACGAAAUGGUGUGGACCCGGUAAUAUUGCCAAAAAUUAUUCAGACCUGGGAGUUUAUCAUAAAGAAGAUAUUUGUUGUCGAGAACAUGAUCAUUGUACCAGAACAUUAGAAACUGGUCAGUGUUAUUUUAAUCUUUGUAACACUUCUCCUUAUACUAGAUCUCACUGUGAAUGUGAUGGAAAGUUUCAACAAUGUUUAAACAAAGUCAACACAUCUACUUCUCAUACAUUGGGUGUCAUAUUUUUUAAUAUAGUAAAAGUUAUGUGCUUUAAAGAAGAGUGUCUUUUUGGGGGAUGUAUCCAAAAAUUUGAAAUAAUACCAAAUUACCAUCAACAAGGCAGAAGUAUGGAUAUCCUAACCACUGAUUAUCUAUUCAAUAUUUUUACAAAAAUUGUUAUGGAUUUUAUGCGUUAUGCAUUAAAAUGAAUGUAUUUAAUUUUUAAACUAUUUACUACAAUGACUAUUUUAUUUAUUUUAAUAUUUAAUAAAUUGUAUAAUAUGUUAACUGUUAAACAUAAUCAUAUUUAUUUGAAUACUUAUUAAGUACUUAUACUGUUAGUUUGUACUAUGCAAAUAAAAACAAAAUAUUCUAUCAA